CGUGAGGGAGUCUGUAGUGCGUCUGUAGAGUGAGGUGGUCACGUACGUAUCUCGGGGUGCGAAGAAUGAAACAAAAACAUUAGCAUUUGGCAGGGUGAGCGAGCCGCCUGUCGACCCUUGCCGACCCAGCAGCGUUCAGCGUCGGCCCGGCUGCAGGCGGGGCCCCUCCCAGCGGCGCUUUCGGGCCGAAUUCGUCGGCGGAGGCGAGUGAAAGUGGCAGUGUUUACGUAGCCAGACAAGAUGGCAGAGCUGCAGCUUUAAAGGACUCGCACGGACUCACCCCGGAUGUUGACACUAUGAAAAGAGGCUCCUGCGUGGCACCCGAGCACAACGAGAGGGAAUGCAUGACAUGUUCAUUUCACCCCAGCAUUCCGGCACAACAAGUAGCAGUGGGGCUAGCAUCAUUAGUGCAGCAGCAACGACCGGCUCCUCUUUUUCGUCUGGAGUGCACCACCACUACCAGCACCACCCUCAGCAUAUCAUCAGCCACAAGAAGCGCAAGUUAGAGCACGGCCACGUCGAGUACCUGAGCAGCAGCACAGCAGCAGACACCACCUUCGCGGCGGCCUCGUCGGCGUACAGCCAGACCUCGGUGCUGCACCACCAUCACCACCGCUCGUCCAGGUCGCACCACAAGUAUUCGCCAAAUGGGGCUGCGGGUUUGCUCCCUCAGAACUUCAUCAGAGCGUCCACAAUUAAGUUGUUAGACACGUACCAGCGCUGCGGACAAAAACGCAAGUCGGAGGAUAGUGAGGGUAAUGGUCCGGGCUCAGGCCCAAACUCCGCAGCCACGGCACCGACAAGUAGCACGACGACGGCCGUCGCCUCGGCCGCAGCUGUCGCUGGAAAUGGCGGAAAGGCCGCCAAUUCUGGUAACACUGCGGCCGCGGUGACCAACACGGCCGCGACUGGAAACAGUAAUGGCGUGGAGGGUGACUACCAGCUUGUGCAGCACGAGGUGCUGUACUCCAUGACAAACCAGUAUGAAGUGCUGGAAUUCCUCGGCAGAGGCACCUUUGGCCAGGUGGUCAAGUGCUGGAAGAAGGGCACCAGCGAGAUAGUUGCCAUCAAGAUUCUCAAGAACCACCCCUCUUACGCCAGACAAGGACAAAUUGAAGUUAGUAUUUUGUCUAGACUUAGCCAAGAAAAUGCAGACGAGUUCAACUUUGUGCGAGCGUACGAGUGCUUCCAGCACAAAAGCCACACUUGUUUGGUCUUUGAAAUGCUGGAGCAGAAUCUGUACGACUUCCUCAAGCAGAACAAGUUCAGUCCACUCCCUCUCAAGUACAUCCGUCCGAUUUUGCAACAAGUCCUCACAGCCCUCUUGAAGCUGAAGCAACUGGGUCUGAUUCAUGCUGACUUGAAGCCGGAGAACAUCAUGUUGGUGGACCCAGUGCGGCAGCCGUACAGAGUGAAAGUGAUUGACUUUGGAAGCGCCUCGCAUGUCAGCAAAGCAGUGUGCAACACCUACCUGCAGAGUCGCUAUUACAGAGCUCCCGAGAUCAUCUUGGGGCUGCCAUUCUGCGAGGCGAUCGAUAUGUGGUCUCUUGGCUGCGUUGUAGCCGAGUUGUUCCUUGGGUGGCCCCUGUACCCUGGCUCAUCCGAGUACGACCAGAUUCGCUACAUCAGCCAGACGCAAGGACUGCCCACUGAGCACAUGCUCAACAACGCCUCGAAAACCACCAAGUUCUUCUACAGGGACAUGGACAGCACAUAUCCCUUCUGGAGACUAAAGACUCCUGAAGAACACGAAGCCGAGACGGGCAUCAAGUCGAAAGAGGCCCGGAAGUACAUUUUCAACUGCAUUGAUGACAUUGGGCAAGUGAAUGUGCCCACUGAUCUCGAGGGAGGUGAACUACUUGCCGAAAAAGCUGACAGGAGAGAAUUCAUCGACCUUUUGAAACGAAUGCUGACAAUGGACCAGGAGCGUCGCACAACUCCUGGCGAAGCGCUAAACCACCACUUUGUAACGCUGGCUCACUUGGUGGACUAUGCCCACUGCAACAACGUGAAAGCCAGUGUUCAGAUGAUGGAGGUGUGCAGAAGAAACGGCUUCAGCUCUUCACCUAGCCAUCAGUCAUCGCAAGCUCCUCCUUUGGUUGCAAACUUUGUACCUAACUCGAACGGCAACGUCACUUUAACGUUCAACAAUCAGUUGAGCAACCAGGUAAUUAGUCCACCAAGAAUGAUGGUGAGCGCACUGCCAAGAUCUGAACUCUUUCAGUAUCAACUAUACAAUGGACGAUCAGUGGCCAGGCAGUAUUCAAGUGCUGCCCGAGCCGACCACUUCCCUCAUCCUCUUGUUUCUUCGAUUCUCUGCCAACCUAAUUACCAAGGAAUGGGUUCUCCGACCAAACACGUGACUGUGGUUCAACAGCCUCCCCAACUUCAAAUCCAACCUCCUCCAGCAAUUCUAUCUCAGCCUCAGCAACAAUACGUCCCAGUUUCUAUGGUUGAGCCUGGUGGUCGUCAAAUGCUGUUAACGAAUGCUGUUCAGACAUCCUGGCCCACAAACCGCCAAAUGGCCAUUGUCCCCUCUUGGCAACAACUUCCACCACAACAUGCUGCCAUUCAACAACCUCUCCUGUCAGAUGCUGCUGACUGGGCAAGGCCUCUUCUGCUUGAGUCCAGUUCACUUAUCCCUCAACGGUCAAUGUUUCCCGUUGAGGUGUCUGAAGUUUACGAUCCAAUGAUGGAGCAGCAGCAUGCAGCAAACUCGGUACUGCAACAACAAACACAUCACCUCGCUCCUCCACAAUCCACUCAAAACUGGUCCUCCUCCAAGAGAGGCAACAAGGGCUCCAACAGCCAGUUACACCACCAUCACCACCAGCCGUCCCACCACGGACAUCACAUUUUGAGCAACAACCACCUCACAGUACCAAUCAGCCACAGACAGGACAAAAAGGAGGCGACACAACUCAGUCCCGUCAAAAAGAGGGUCAAGGAAGGAACUCCACCUUCAGACAAUUGCACGUAUUCGCGCUUGAGAGGCUCCCCUCCAGCAGCUGUGGUCACAAGCCACCACUGGCAACAGCAACCCAUCCAACAUCAGGUUGUAAGCACCAAGCAAGAACAUCACAGCAGCAGCCACCAUCAAAGCUCUGGUCCGGCUAGACAACAGACCAUCACCAUCCACGACACUCCCUCACCUGCAGUUUCUGUCAUCACGAUUUCAGAUAGCGAGGAUGAGGCGCCAACCAAGUGUUGCAAAGAUAGGGAGUGCUCUGCGUGCCACCACGGCGAUGAGCUGAGCGAGACGUGCCACAUUGCUGAUGGCAGUGGCGUUUCCUCAUCGUCCGGGAUGCAGUGUCCCAACAGUUCUCAACCUACGCCUGUGAGCGAGUCCAAAUCGUCCUCGGCAAACUCUACAAGCCAUCAGGGCCCAAUUGUAGCAACAAAAGCGGCUCGGAAGAAUGUAAUUUCUUGUGUUACCGUGGGUGACAGUGAUGAGGAGCACAGAAGUCCUGCUAAGUUGCACAGCCAGAACAGCUACGUCAGUGGGUCGAUGCCCACUUUGAGAGAGGUCAAGCACGAGGUCAAACAUGAGCCACAACAGAGUUCCAGCUACUCUAGUGGAGCCUCUCACAAUCAGUCCCAGAAGAAGCGUCUGCUGGCCAAAGCUCAGUCCGAGUGUGUGAUCAACAAUGUGCCCACAAAGCAAGAGCCUGGCGUGACCCACCACCAGAACUUGUACGACAAUGGAUCCGUCAUUACACAACGAGAGUAUGGCAGGAACAAUAAUAACAACCAUCUGCAGCCAAACUCGCAACCUGGUGCAACCUGCAGCAGUGGGAGCAGUGCCAGUGGAAGUUCUCAGGAGUUUGUGUUCUACAGAGACCAAAUGGCUCCACCAGCAGCCCACUCGAGAGAGCUCCACUCUCAGGAAACAGUCUACCGAGAACCUGUCAUCACGCAGCAGCCGCAAUCAAUAGUUCAGCCUCACAAGAGAGAGAUGCCUAGGGAAGCCCUGGUGACUGUGAGUCACAGGGACUAUCACAUGCCCACAGCUGUGCACAAAGACUACAUACAGCCGCCUGCUGCUCACACGACGCGAUCAGAUUUACAGAGGGAAUCCCACCACUCAAACAAAUCUUGGCAAUCGAGCAACCAGCAGAUGCAGCAAGGAUACAGACCGAGAAUGCAGAAAAGAGGCUGCGUAGUGUACAUGCCGACAGGAGUACCAGAAACCGACUACAUCAGUCGCCACGCUAGUGCUGCUCAUCUAUCGCCGCAGCCAAUUCCCCACGCGGCAGCCCCGAGUAGGUUGUCUCCACAGCAUCCCUUGGUGGCAGGACAGCCCCUGUACCACCAGCCAGAACUCUACAGGAGGCCUCCUGUCUACGUCGGAGUGACACACACUCAGCAAACGUUCUUGCCAGCGGGGCAUCAGGUGGCUUCAUACACAUCAGGGGCUCUGCCACCACCUGCGCAUCACUCGAACGCCCGUCCAGUGCUGGCAGCACAUCCGGGCCACCCUCUGCCUGCCCACAUGCAGCCAGCAGUGUUCCCAGCGCACCCUCAAGCUGUGGCGACUGCUGCGCUGGCUGCAGCCUCGUACGGCUAUGCACCGUUGAGCCCAGCCAAGUCGCAAUACCAACACUUGUGGUACACCACCGAGUAAAACGAACAUGUUGAAGAAAGAGGAUUGAAAGAGAAAACGAAGAGACGGAAGAAUGAGGAAGAAAGAAGAAGUGACAGUAGUUACAGUUUUAGUUUCUGUUCUGAAGGAAUUUUUUUUUAUUUUGUGCCGAAAACAGGUUCAGUUGGAAAGAAAGAGAAAGAAAGGAAGUCGGAAACUUUGGGUACUUAGUGAAUUGAACACACGAACUGGGAUGAGCCGUUUCCCUUUGGUUGUUUCAUAUUUCUGUGCGUCGGUUUAUAGCAUUUAUGUUUUAUUCACGGAAGAAUUAGACAUGCAAUGUGUGUGCAUAAUUGUCUUCAUUUACUAUACUCUUUUUUUACUUUUUUUAAGCAAUGGAGUCAAAGGAGAAUAUUUAGGAGAGCCGACGGAGCCUUGAGCUCAUGUGCAUUAAACUGUCAGUAUGAUGUAUAUCAAUUAUUUGAUUACUCGUGUUCGGUUGGUCACCUCGAUGGUAUUUUCGAAGCGUUUACGCUGCAACCAUAAUUAUUACACAUAGUAGUUGCGAGUUGCCGUCUUUCCAGAAAGACCUAACAUUUUCAAUGUUUCCAUGUGAUAUAUCAUAAAAGAAAGAUAGAGCUUUGUGUACCCAUGUAGCUUGAUUUUGAGUAAUACUUUUGAACUUUCAUUAAUUUGCAUUUUACGGUGAUUACAAAAGAUGGACUGCUUGUUUAUGGUUUACUUUAUAAUGUUGCGUUGCACACCAACAACAACAACUACCCCUUUCAAUGUAAAUAAUUAACGAUUAAGUUCACAGCAGUCCUGAUAUUAUAUUUUAAACAAUCAUGGAUAAUUUCAUAACGUUAGUUCCUCUACUUUAAUCUUUCUAGACACCGUUUUGAUUUUGUGUACACACCGGGGUAGUUUUCAAAUAAAAUAAGGCUGUUCUGGAUAGUUAUUAGUAGAAUCAAUGGAGAAUGCUAUAAAUCUAAUUCAACUUAUAGCUUCACGUGUAGAUCGAGUUCCAACAACAAGUGUUAA